CACAUCGGUCUGUCCUACCUCCUCCUUCGUCCUUCCUAAUCUCGAUUUAAAUAAUGAGGUCGUGUGCCUCCAUAGAAUAAUUUUAAUUACCGUAAAGCAGAUUACGUUACAAUGAAGUUGCUACGAAGGAACCUGAUGAAUCAAAGUUCAAAGGCCAAAGGCGGAAGGGUCAUCGCCCGUAUUUCAAAGGGCACCUUCCUGUUUGCCGUCCCUGCUGAUCCAUUCAAAACCAAUACCCCAAGGUCAAGAUAAAACUCUGAAAAGUUUACCGCAUUAUAAACCCGGGCUUGCUUGAAUCAAUUUUAUAUCACAGUUCUGCUUUGGAUAAAAUGGCUUCUGCUGUUGGAUUGAUCGGGAAGAAUGCAGCUUUUGUUUGGAAUCAGCCAAGGGACCGGACAAUGAGGAGGAAUACGAGGGAUAUGGCGGAGGAGGGGAGUCGGGCUUUUGUUAAGGUUUUCUGCUCUUACCCAUCUCCGGGUAUGGAUCCGUACAAGACAUUGAGGAUCCAACGCGGUGCUUCCAUGUCCGAGGUCAAGAGAGCUUUCCGGAAGCUCGCCCUUCAGUAUCAUCCGGAUGUAUGCAGAGGAAGCAGUUGCCGGUUGGAGUUUCAUCUGAUCAACGAAGCAUAUGGAACUGUUAUGAACAAUCUGAGAGGAGAAUCUGAUCGGUCACAGAUGUGCCAGCCUCGCGAUCAAGGAGUGGACGAGCCAAUGCGAGGGGUGGAUAAUCCCGACUGGGAUUUGUGGGAAGAGUGGAUGGGAUGGGAAGGAGCUGGGAUUCGGGACUACUCCUCUCACAUCAAUCCUUACAUAUGAUAGAUACACUUCCCUCCCUCCACUCUGUUUCUUUGUACAUAUAAAUCAGGAGCAAGUCCUUCCCCUCUCUGUAGAGAUUAUACGGAAAAAUGUUUCGGAUAUAUCUUCGGUGGAUUGUGGCCAUAAUUUGUUAUUUCUUUGCAGUCUCUAAGUUGCAGACAAUAUGUAUAUAGUGAAGUUGAGAAAGAGUACGUUGUUAAAGAGCGGAACUGGGAACCCAUAGCAGGUUUUAUUUAUUGGAGAUUGGCUUUAUUCA